CACACACACACACACACACACACGAGCCAUUGGGUGGAGCAGCAGCGGCGUCGCGUGCUGCGGAAUACACAUUCAGUAGGUAGUUAACGGAGCGCGCGGUUCGGUUUGUGCAGAUGCAGGAGGAGGAGGAACAUGAUGGCGAACGUGCGGCGGUGGCGGUGCGCCUCGUGAGGAUACCGGAGUAGAGGUGGCAGGCGGCAGCUCGAGGAGGACCGACGGGAGAAGAGAAGAAGGAGCCUCCACCAUGCAGGAGGACUCGGAGCCCGCAGAGGACGGCUUGCUCGCGGGUUUGCGGUGGAACCGGAGCGCUCGGGACCAGGCGCAGCUCAAACACAAGAUCCGGGACCUACCGGGGCUCCUGAAGCACGGGCUGCACCUGCGGAAGAAGAGCCAAUCACCUGACACUAUCCCUGGACCGAGCACUGGACCUACAGUACACAAGUCUUGUUCCCAGAGUUUUCCAUGUGCUGGUCGGGCCGUGAGGAACGCCUUCCUCUCUCAUGGACCAUACCCGGCUAAAGACAAGAUCCACCUGGCCAGGAUCAUCCGGCGUAGCUACGUGGGUGUGGAGCUGGUGCAGUGGCUGUGUGAGCAGUGUGUGUACGUGCGCUGUCGGACCACUGCUGUGCGUGUCUGGCAGGUGCUGCUGGAGCUGGGAGUCCUGCUGUCUGUGGACCAGCGGGUGGUGUUUUCAGAUUCAAACUCUUACUACCAGUUCAGCUUUGAGGAGUGUGACUCCGCCUCCUGUGACUUUCGCACCAAUGAGGGGGAGUGGCCAGAGGCAGUUAGGCUCCUCCUACAACUCGCCCCGUACGUCCAGUUUCGCUCUGGAGGCGGGGCCAACAGCCCGUCAGAGGAGGACUCUGAAGGCAACAGGGACAUCUGCAGUGAGAUUCUCCAGAUGAAAGCUCUCGAGAGGCUCACUUCUACGGUACAAUGUGAGUUGGCGGCUGCUCUCGCCCGAAAGACUCGCAAAGCUUUAUCAGAGCAGGACUCUGAGACGACGGAGACGAGCCAUCAGGAGCCUCGCACGCCCAGCGAGGAGAGCAGCCCGCUGAGCGGGGUGUGCGCACUGCGGGAUGGCGGUGGCAGCGGCGGCGGCGGCGGCGGUGGAGGAAUGGGGACCGUGUGCGGCCGCGAGGAGCUGACCAGCCGGCUCGGGCUGGAGGCCGUCCAGCGGCUGGCCAAGGACGGCUGCCGGCUGCUGCAGAACCACAACUACCGGCUGCCCGACAGGAACCAGCCGGAGGCGGUGGGGAGGGUUUGUCUCAAGGAGAGAGGACGGGACGUGUUGGUGUUGCGGAGAGUGACAUCAUCCGUGACGUCGCCAUCGGACCGGCCUUCACCCACGUCGUCAGGGGGCGGGUCCAGAGAGGAGGACUGCGACAAGAGGUACGUGGUGGUGUCGGGGACGCCGCUCAAGAUCUUGGAGCAUCUGCUAAGUGACCUGCGGUUGGACGACCAAAGAGGGGCGCCAGAGAGCAGGGAGAGCGAAAUGCUGCUGGAUGACUUCCUGUUGACCUACCUGGUAUUCAUGUCCACCAAUGACCUCUGUCAGGCUCUGCUGGGACACUAUAGCAGCGCCCGCUGCAGGGGCCAGGAGGAGGGCAAAGACGCCCUCUUCAGGAAGCGCAAGGUACUGCAGCUGGUCUCCCACUGGAGCAGACUCUACAAGGACUUCCUGAAGGAAGAGGAGCACGUCAGGAGCUUCAUGAAGACCCUGUACAGGUGUGUUUUAGAAGAUCUGUAUGAGUUCCCCACACUGGAGAAAGACCUGAAGGAGUUCCAGAAACUUCUGCGUCGCAGACACACCGUCGAUGACUGCCCUCCAAACCAAAAGAGUAAACAAAUGUAUCAGCAGUUGAGUUUGAAGGAAAACUGUUUGCAACUCCGAAGUCCACCGACUGAUUCUAGAGAGGUCAUUUGUUGCGUGCAUGUGAGCGCUGACUCCUACCUGAGUGUCCAAACACACCCCUCACUGGAGGCCCAUGAGCUGCUAAGGAUUGUGGGUCAGAAGAUGGACAGAGCAGAAGAAGACAUGGUGGUUGCCGUGGCGACGCAAACUGGAGAGCGGAGGGUGUUACAGCCCAGCGACUGUGUGUAUUCAGAGUCUAUGACCCCACAGGGAAAGCUUGUGGCCUGUCGCAGGGAUCUCACUGAGAUUCUGCCUCCUUUAACAGACAGUGCUGAGCUAAGCAGGAGGCCGGUGCGACUCUUGGGUAUUAACACCUGGGAUGUGGCAGCUGCUCUCACACACCUGGACUGGAGCCUCUUCAAAUCCGUCCACGAGCAGGAGCUGGCGUACUACACCCUCAGCCGUGUUCCUGGUACCGGCCACACAGCGGCGCUCUCAGUCCUGCUGCAGCGCUGUAACGAGGUCCAGCAGUGGGUCAUGUCCGAGGUGCUCAUGUGUGUAUCGCUCAACAAGAGAGUACAGCUGCUCAAGAAGUUCAUCAAGAUCGCAGCUCAUUGUAAAGCCCAAAGAAAUUUGAACUCUGCGUUUGCCAUCAUCAUGGGUCUUAACACAGCAGCUGUCAGCCGACUCAACCAAACCUGGGAGAAAUGUCCGGGGAAGUUCAAGAAAAUUUUCUCAGAGUUGGAGCUCAUCACGGAUCCAUCUCUGAACCACAAAGCCUAUAGGGAAGCCUUCAAGAAGAUGAAGCCUCCCAAGAUCCCUUUCAUGCCUCUUCUCCUGAAAGAUAUCACAUUUAUCCACGAGGGAAAUAAGACCUUCCACGACAACCUGGUCAACUUUGAGAAGCUGCACAUGAUCGCAGACACAGUGAGAAUGAUUCGCCACUGCCAAAGCGACCAGCCAGGCAACGAGGUGAUCGGGGUCGACAGUGCGGAGGUGAGGGCGAGCGUUCAGUACCUGCAUAUUAUCGACAAUCAACAGACGCUUUUCGAGCUGUCACACAAGCUCGAGCCACGUGCUUAAAGACACACACACACACACGUACCUUCAUAGACACACACACACAGCGCAGUGGAAAUGCUCGCAACGAGUGUGUGUGAUGUGGAGGAUGCUUUGUACAGCAACGAAAUCACACUACCAGCAGUGGUGCCAAGUGGACAAUAAGGUGCCAUGUGUUCUGACACAGAGCUGCACUCUGUCUGCUCUCUAACGGCUUUAUAACACCGAACAUGUGUUUAUAAAGGAUUUAUGGUUUAACAGGAGGAGAUUCUGCGCUGCCAAACUGAUACAAAGAGAAGAGAAGGCUGUAAUUAGUUUGUACAGUAUCUAUUGGACUGAAUAUGCCCGUGUUUUUGUUCUUGUGAUGAGCUUUUGGUUAUUUAUGAGCCUGUUUAGCAGGUGGAAUGUUCCUUUAUUUCUGUCUUUCAAGUCUCGUCCAGCCGCUCAGAGGUCAACAAGGACUUGAUAGCCUCUUCAUCAGUUACAAACACAAAAGUAGAGAUGUGUUUAUAACCUGAUGGCCACAAUCUGCCCCAUCAAUGGUCUCACAUGAUUUCAUCUGCAUAUCACAUACCUGCCUCGUGAUGCAUGUACAUCCAGGAUACAUGCCAUAUAGUUAUUUAGGUGUUGAUGAUGUGGAGCUUUUUCUGGUUAUUGUGUGGUAGCAUAUUAUGUAACGCAAGCAGCAGCCAGGGCUGAAAUAGUACAACACUUUAACAUACUUUUAGCCUUUUUUUAGUGACAAAAGGUGCAGUGUCUGGCAUGCGAAGGGAGCAUUGUGAGAGGUUUUUAUUGACUGACUGCAAUGUUUUAAAAACUCGAGCUCUCCUGAACGCACCAGAGUUCAAAAAUCUGUUGAUGAAUAGUGAAUAUGUUUUGGUUCUCCGUUACCUUUUAGAGUCCUGGUUGACUUUUAGCCAAACACUCCUCAUGCACUCUUCUCUAUGAUGUUUUUGUGUGAAUAGAUAAUGAUAAUUUUACGUUGUAUAUAAUAUGGACCUAUACAUUUUUCAGUGCCAAAUGUCACGCUUGAGUCCUGCAGCGUAGACGUACUGUAGAUCUCUUGGUUUGUUUUAGGAAGCAGUGUGUAUUUUUUCAACCACAAAAUUUGGUCUGAUCAAGUCAAGCAGAUCAGACUCAGUGUGUGUGUGUGUGAUGGUAUCCCACUUUCCCUGGGUUGCUAUGGAAACACAGCCCCAUCAUAGAGCUAUUUUUCUGUUAUAUUAUGUCAACAGAUAAAGUCAAGCACCGCAGACCUUUGUUAAAGAAAUAGCUUUAUUCAACAAAAUCAUGUUCAUGAGGAGAUUUUGACAUUCAUUUUUACUGACUGAAAAUAUCACUUCAUUCAGAGGUGUUCUCGUGUAAACUGUAUGUGAAAACCAUAGACUGUGUAUAAAGAUGGAUGACGCGUCUCCACUUCCUCCCACUGUACAGAAGUGAAGCCAAAAUAUCUGGGAUACGAGAUAGACUUACCGCGGUAGUCGGCGUUAUCGGUGUUACGCAGUGUUCGGGCACACACUGAUUACAUUACUUGCCCACUGCCCCCACCAUCGUUUUGCUUUUUUUGCAGAAAUAAAACCAAUUUAGUUCAUUUUCGCGUAUCAACGCCGUGUUAUCAAUACAUAUUGGGAUGACGGACACUACAAACUGAAAGUGAAAGUGUCUGCUCCGUACGAAGUCUCAGCACAGAGCAGCAGGACUCCGAUUUCACACACACCGGAUGACAGAGAGUUGACAGACAAGACAAUGACGGAGGAUUUGGUGUCAAAGCGAAAAGCAAUAUCGCCUAUUUGGCAAUAUUUCAGAUUCAAACCCUAUGCUAUAAGGGAACCAUAAUGUUAAUGAGGCAAUCGUCAUGCAGAGGACGGAGCGGUCACAGACUGUGUGCGCGGCGGAGCAGCGUCGAGUGGAAGAGACACUGGACGCGCUUCACAUGUUGACCGUCAGCUUCACUUGUAAAAUGUCUGGUGUAAUUGGUAACAACGGUGUUGUCACAAGUUCAAUAACCGUUGGGAUCCUCACCGUCACAGCCCUAAUACGUGAGCUGCCACCUUUGGAUUUUGAGGUCAUUUGGACCCGGAGUCUACGCAGUAGUGAUCGGUAGUGACCGCGAUAUCGAGGUCACCCGUCCGAACCAAUCGCAAGCCGAGCACGGCUGCAGCUUGUCAGCGAGAGAGACUCCCAGUUUUUUUCUUUUUAUAGCAUCAGAUAACUAAU